AUGGACUCCCUGCUUGUACACGGAGAGGCUGAAGGUUACAUCCAAAGUUUGGAGAGAGUGGCACUGCGAGAUGUUGGGGGUCCCAGGUGGUUUCAGCAGCAUGAAUACAUUGAGAAACUCAAUAUGCAAGCGAUUCUUCAUGCCAGCGCUAAUCAAGAGGAGUUUAUCAAAGACCUUUUUGUGUCACUUGGAAAGAUUCCCACACUGGUUCAUGGAAUGAUACUGAUUGAAGUUUGGAAGCAGAAAGUGUUCCCUAUCCUCUGCAAGCUUCAGGACUUCAACCCAAAGAGUACCUUUCCACUGUACAUGGUGAUUCACCAUGAAGCUACAAUCAUAAAUCUGUUGGAGACUAUCUUCUACCAUAAAGAAUCAUGUGAGGCAGCAGAGGAUGCUGUUGUGGACCUUGUCGAUUAUUGUCAUCGUAAACUGACUCUACUGGCAGGGCGCUGUGCUCGGGGAGAAAUUCCCACUGAAGACAGAAGCUCACAUGCAGAGGUCUCAGAUAUGAAUUCUGUACAGGAUCUGCAAACUCAGAGCACAAUGUUAGAAUUUAAUAUCUCCCUCAAGGCUCUGUCUGUGCUCCGCUACAUUACGGACCAUGUCGAGAGUUUGAGUUUGAGUGUUCUCACGAGGAUGCUGAAUACUCAUAACUUGCCCUGUGUGCUGGUUCAACUUACAGAACAUUGUCCCUGGAGCCGUAAAUCUGGAGGUAAUCUGCAGAAGUAUGAAGGUGGGAAGUGGAUAGACAUCCCUGCAGAGGACAAGCUAAAAAUGACCAAACUAGACGGGCAGGUGUGGAUUGCUUUGUUGAAUCUACUGCUGAAGCAAGACUGCCAGAGGAAAUAUGAUUUCAACGACUUCAACAAAAACCAGCUCUUAAGGCUGCGUAGGUUUUUGACAGAGGUUGUUAUCGAUCAGCUGCCAAAUCUUGCUGAACUUCAGCGUUUCCUCAGCCACUUAGCUGUUACAGACCCUGCACCUCCAAAAAAAGACCUUAUCCUUGAGCAGCUACCAGAGAUUUGGAAUGAGAUCGUCGCAGAGAAUUCUGGGAAGUGGAAGGCCAUAGCUAAACACCAAGUUAAGAAUGUGUUCAGCCCAUCUGAGUGUGAGCUGCGAGAACAAGCAAACAGGCUGGCAAAUACUUAUAAUCUUGAUGUGAUGGAGUGUCUCAUCCCAGAUAAACCAAAAUGUGGUGCAUGUGGAGCAGUGGGGGUCAAGCGUUGCUCCCGUUGCCGGGGAGAGUGGUACUGCAACAGAGAAUGCCAGGUGAAGCAUUGGCCCAAGCACAAACUUGCCUGCCAAAUGAUCGUAGAAACCACAGAGAAACUAGAAAAAGAGCUGAACAUCAAGACCUGAUGGACUUCACUGUUUACUAAUAGGAAAGCGACAAAGGCUUCAUUUUCAGUCUUACAGAGAUCAGAGGAACAAAAUGAUAGUCAAUGCCAUUGUCUGAAUGAUCUAAAGCUUGGGUUGCUAUGGUUUUGAUGGGAAUUGAGGAAGAGGAGGAGCUACAGGGCAUUUUAUUGUCGUAAACUGAGCCUGUGUGUGAUUGCAUCAACUGCAUUGAACCUUUUGAUUGAACUUUUUUUGAACUACUGAGAUUUUUUUUAAAGCAAGGAAUGUUUACGACAGACCUAAGAGGAUGCUUAUAUCUGCCUUGAUCCAAUGUCAUUUUGAUUAUGCCAGCACAUCAUGGUACACUGGUUUAACUAAGAAAUACAAGACUAAGUUACAGUUUCCCCAAAACAAAGUCACUUGGUUCUUUUUAAAUGCACCAACCAGAACUCAUAUUGGCGCUCAUGAAUUUGAAUUGGUUGGUAUGUUGCCUGUCGAAUUAUGGGUUCACCAACUCAAAUGAAAUCUUGUUCAUAAUAUUGUCAAUGGUAAAGUUCCAAAUUAUUUCUCGGCUCACUUUCAACUUACGUGUAAUCAUCAUUCAGUCGGAACAAGAUCCAGUAGCACGUCUCUCCAGAUACCCUCAGUGAAGUGCCAUGGUAAAUCUGUUUGUUUUUUUUUUUGUUACACCAGUAUCUUGUUAUGGAAUAGCCUACCUAGUCAUAUACAGAAUCUCAGAUACAAACCCCAGUUUAAAUCUCAGGUUAAAGAAUUUUUAUUCAAUAGUUAUUGU